UAUUCCCACGGAAUUUAUAUUUUCCGCUCCCCUUCCCUUCUCUUCUCCGGCCUCCGCUCGCCCUCGCCCGCUCGCGCCUUCCAGAAGCUUCGCAUCGCGAUCGCCUCCGCCGCCACGAGCUCCCACGGUGGGCGCCCCCACCGGCGUCUAGGGCUCGCACCUCCCCUCCCUCCGUUCGUCCCGGCCCGGUCCUGAAUUUUCCGCGAUUUCUCGGGCGAUUCCCCUGAAAUUUCUCGUCACUUGUCGGCGCUGCUUCUCGGAAUCAUAGGGUUUUGCCGAGCCUCCUGCGGCGGAGGCGGAGGAGAUGAGCGGGGAAGUGGAGUGCAGCGUGUGCCACGCCAAGGUGGCGGUGCCGCCGGCGGUGUCCAAGGCGUACCACAGCCACCGGACCACCGUGUCGUCGCGGCAGCGCGCGCUCAACGUCCUCCUCGUCUCCGGCGACUGCGUCCUCGCCGGCCUACAGCCUAUAUUGGUCUACAUGUGUAAAGUGGAUGGGAAAUUCAAAUUUAGCCCAGUCAGUGUGAACUUCUUGACAGAGAUUACAAAAGUUAUCUUUGCCAUCAUCAUGUUGUUCUUCCAGGCUAGGCGCCUAAAGGUGGGAGAGAAGCCACUUCUAACAGUUUCCACCUUUGUCCAGGCUGCUCGCAACAAUGUUCUUCUUGCAGUUCCUGCUUUUCUCUAUGCCAUCAACAAUUAUUUGAAGUUUACAAUGCAGUUAUAUUUUAACCCUGCGACAGUGAAAAUGCUGGGUAAUCUCAAGGUUCUGAUAAUCGCUGUACUGCUGAAAGUGUUAUUGAGGAGGCGUUUUUCCACAAUUCAGUGGGAAGCCCUUGCACUCUUGUUAAUUGGAAUAUCCGUUAAUCAGCUGAAAUCACUGCCUGAAGGUUCGACUGCACUUGGUCUUCCCGUUGCAGCUGGGGCCUACAUGUAUACACUAUUUUUUAUAACAGUUCCUGCAUUGGCAUCAGUUUACAACGAAAAGGCUCUGAAAAGCCAGUUUGACACGAGCAUAUAUCUUCAGCACUUAUUUCUGUAUGGUUAUGGUGCAAUAUUUAAUUUCCUUGGGCUCGUGAUCACUGCCAUCAUCCAAGGGCCUAGUAGCUUUCACAUUCUGGAAGGGCAUUCAAAAGCCACAAUGUUUCUUAUUUGCAAUAAUGCUGCACAGGGCAUACUUUCGUCAUUUUUCUUCAAAUAUGCAGAUACAAUUUUGAAGAAGUACUCAUCGACAAUCGCCACAAUAUUUACGGGUGUUGCGUCUGCUGUACUGUUCGGUCAUACUUUGACUAUCAAUUUUGUUCUUGGAAUAUCAAUAGUAAUUAUAUCUAUGCAUCAGUAUCUUUCAAACCAAAUUAAAGAUCAAGUGCCAAGCAGCAAAAUUGAGAUGUCUGAUGUGGAGGAUCACAACAGAUUAAAGGAAUCUGUAUAUGUCAAAGUUGACCCAACGGCAAGUGAGGCUAAACACCGCCAUGGAUCUGAUGAGAGGCAGCCACUUCUUCCUGUCUGAUGUCGUCUGAGAGUGAUAAGAGGAGCACACAUCUUGCCAGCAUGGCACCAACACCUGAGCAUGGGAUGAGAAGAUUUAUACAGCCGCAUAGGGUUUUGACCUAAUAUUCCCGAAGAAUCGCUAUCGCAGUGAUGUUUAGAGGACUGUCACAGGGAUGUCUAUCCAUUAGCAGACUGGCGUGCUUGCAGAGAUACUGUAGCUGGGCCGGAUACCUUCGCAUUGUCAUAGAAUCGGUGUGAUGUGAUGGAAUGAUUUAGAAUACCUGUAUUUAGUCUACAUUUUUCGUCCCAUUUUAGUAUUAUUGUCA